AAGUAUACUUAAGUGCAAUUUUAAGUAUAUUUCUAAGAAGAACGUGACAUAGAUAUGACAUCUAUGGAUAGGCACGUUCAGGAUCAGUCGUUCGCUGGGUCUGGUGUCAAUAAAAGCUUUUAUUGUACUAACAAGGAAGUUUUUCGUUCUGAAACUUACAGGAAAUUAUUAUAGUACAAUGACCUCUUAUAUAUCAAAAGCUCAAGGAAAAGUUGAUUUCUCAAUUCAUGACCUCUUUAAAAGAAGUAUACCAAUAGCACACUUGAAUAAACGUCUUUUUCGUAAGGAAUAUAGUCACUGGCCAGUAGAAAAGUAAAAAUGGUAGCACUUUACUUAAAGUGAAAAUAAGAUCAAAAACUUUCAUAUCAUGGAGAGGUGUGUUAUAAAAUGUUUGGCAUAAAUAAAUAUAGUGUUAGAUUGGAUGGAAUCUCCAUGUCAGAAAUAUCAAAUCCAGCCCCGGACACCGGAUCCUGUCAAAAGAUAUCCGUUUGUGUGUGCAACCCAGCAAACCUGUCAACAAAAAGUCUUGUCUGGAUUCUAUUCACAGUCUUCUAUCAGCCUGUUUCAUGACAUAUGGAAUUAAUGUUCUACUCAAAAUGACCCAUUUAUUAUAAGUGGUAACAAACAGUGGAUUUUUGAAUAAAUGGGUCCUUUUGAGUGUCACCGUCACUGUUGUGUGUUGUGUACCAUGUAUUGAGGUGUCUGUGUUCAGUUGGGUACCUCAUUACCUAUAUUCUGUAGAUAUGUUUGUCUUAUAAAGUGUAACACAAAGUCUACUGUGUUGUUUACUUAACUGUUUUAAGUAAACCAUACACUUUAAAAGCAUGUCUUAUUUCAGUGCUACAUUGUUUGAGUAAAAUUUACAAAGAGUGAGUAAAAUGUUCUUGAAACAGAGUAUUGCAAAGUAAACUUCAAAUGAGCAAGUAAAUUGAGUAACGUUAAAUUUACUUAUUCUCUUUGUUAAUUUUAUUUAACUUAGUAAAUUCCUUACAUGUGAAAUUUACUUUAAAAUAUAAGUGCAAAAACUUCAAAGAAAAAUUAAGAAAAUUUUACUUAUUGUUUUUUUUCAGUGAAGAAGACCUUGAACACUGAUACACUCGCAUACAAACAGGAACUCAAGACGCACAUACAUUUGAACAUUUGAUCUCUCUUAAUUGUUACUAUAAUUCUUAAUAUGCCAUAUAUGUUAAAGUUUGAUCUUUGAGUAUGAUUGGUUGCCCUGGACAUCCUGGAUUUUAUUGCCUGAUCUUGUGUGUAUAAAUAUGACACAUCUUCCUUCAAAAAAUAUGCGAAUGUUAUGGUACACAAACUCCGUGUCGGCUUGAUCAUUCUCCCUAGAUAUCUCGCACUGCUGCUGCUGCCACACAUCACAGGGGUUGAGGCGCUUGUUUUAAACUAAUGACUGAUAGCAUUCAGGAUUCAGAUAGUCUACCUGAAAAUUAUUCUAACAUUAAUUAUUCUUAGCCUGUACACACUAUUAUAAAAGCACAGCUGUUUCUGGAACUUCACAAAAUUUUCCUCUGAGAUUCUGAAGGCAACAGUUUGAAAUCCAAGGUUCAUCAUGGCAAUGCUGAGAAGUUUUCUGCUUCUUUUCACGAUCUUCUCCAUGGAGAAUGCAGGAGCUGAUUUAGCCAAAACAUGCCCCGUUGGAUGGACAAAUUUUGGACUCCGAUGCUACAAGUACAUCUCUCAGCCGGCUAACUGGAUCACAGCAGAGAGAAACUGUCAAAGUCUUGGUGCGAAUCUCGCAUCUGUGCGUAAUAAACUGGAAAAUAAUUUCCUGCUGAGUCUGUUGCCUACUUCUGUCACACGUUCUUGGGUUGGUGCUCAUGAUGGUGUACAAGAAGGACAGUGGUUUUGGAGUGAUGGAACUCCAUUUUUAUAUACCAACUGGUGCUCUGGAGAACCUAACAAUCAGCGUCCCGAGAACUGUUUGGAGAUCAACUGGACCUCUAACCGUUGCUGGAAUGAUGCGCCCUGUUCAAUCUUAAAGAGCUAUUUAUGUGUUAAGGACCUGUGAGAUCAUUUGCAGUCAUCCUGUUCCACAGUUACUUUGAUUGAACUACAUUUACUUUUUCUGAUCUUAUUUUUACAAAAAUGUUAUUCUGAAAUAAAACCUCUUCUAAACUUUAAUCUCUUCUCAAUAUUUUGAAACACUCCUCAAACUAAUA